AUGUGUCAAGAUAUGUUAUCAUUCUAUAUUUAUUUUGAAGCUUCAUUAGCACCAUUAUUUAUAUUAAUAGGGUUAUAUGGGGCUAAUAAUAGAGAGAAAGCAGCAGAUUAUAUAUUAAUAUAUACAUUAUUAUCAUCAUUAUUUAUGUUAAUAGCUAUAGCAGUUUAUGAAGUAUUAAUAGGGAAUACUGAUUAUCAAGCAGUAAGUUUAUUAGUAUUAUCAUUAGAUUUACAAUCUGGAUCAAUGUUAUUAGCAGGAGUAAUAUUAAAAUUAGCAGUAUAUGCUAUAAUACGUUUAAUAUUACCAACAUUAUCAGAUGCAUCAACAUUAUAUACACCAGUAGUAUAUAUGGUAUGUGUAAUAACAAUAAUAUAUACAUCAAUAAUAACAUUAAGACAAACAGAUCUUAAAGUAAUAGUAGCAUAUAGUUCAAUAUCACAUAUGGCAGUAUGUAUAUUAGGUAUAAUGUCAAAUAAUAUAAUAGGUAUUAGUGGUAGUUUAAUAUUAUCAAUAGCUCAUGGUUUUGUAUCACCAGCAUUAUUUAUUAUAGUAGGAGGUAUAUUAUAUGAUAGAUAUCAUAAUAGAUUAAUAUAUUAUUAUCAAGGUUUAUUAACAUAUAUGCCUAUAUUAGCAAUAUAUUUAAUUAUAUUAAGUUUCUGUAAUAUAGGAACACCAUUAUCAGUUAACUUUAUAGGUGAAUUAUUAUCAUUAGCUGGAGCAUUAAAUCGUGUACCUGUAUUAGGUGCAUUAGCAUUAAUAUCAGUAUUAUUAUCAGCAUCAUAUAUGUUAAAAGUAACUAAUAGAUUAACUGGUGGUAUAAAAACACCAUAUAUAUCAUUAACACAUGAUUGUACAUUUAGAGAAAGUGUAUUAUUAAUAUCAUUAAUUAUCCCAACUAUAUGA